CCAUUCUUCGAGCGUGUACUUUCCGCAGCCCUUUCCCAAAACCCAAGUCUACACACAAAUUUAAUCUUAAAUCCCAAAAUAUCAAGCCCCAAAAUUUCCAUUCUUUGUUUUUCCGAUCGACGGCUCCGAGGAAUUUACAGAAAGACGAGCUCAAAUCAAGAAUUUAUUCGCAAUUUAUUUUGCGGUAAUUGAGUCUAAAUUUAUGAUCGGAGAGGAUGUAUAGCAAUUUCAAGGAGCAAGCGAUCGAGUAUGUACGGCAGGCAGUGGCGGAAGACAAUGCGGGAAACUACGCGAGAGCCUUUCCGCUGUAUAUGAACGCCUUGGAGUAUUUCAAGACCCAUCUCAAGUACGAAAAGAACCCUAAAAUAAAGGAAGCCAUCACGCAGAAGUUCACGGAGUACCUGCGGCGGGCUGAGGAGAUCCGGGCCGUGCUCGAUGAGGGUGGGUCUGGACCCGCGUCUAAUGGGGAUGCUGCUGUGGCGACCCGGCCCAAGACCAAACCCAAGGAUGGAAACGAUGGGGAGGAUGGGGACAAGGAUAAGCUUCGUGCCGGUUUGAAUUCUGCGAUUAUUAGGGAGAAGCCCAAUGUUAAGUGGAAUGAUGUUGCGGGAUUGGAGAGCGCGAAGCAGGCGCUGCAGGAAGCCGUGAUUCUUCCUGUGAAGUUCCCGCAGUUCUUUACUGGCAAGAGGAGACCAUGGAGGGCUUUUCUGUUGUAUGGUCCACCUGGAACAGGGAAGUCAUACCUAGCCAAGGCUGUUGCCACUGAAGCGGACUCAACGUUUUUCAGUGUGUCUUCUUCAGACUUGGUUUCAAAAUGGAUGGGUGAAAGUGAAAAGCUAGUCUCUAACCUCUUCCAAAUGGCACGUGAAAGUUCUCCUUCCAUCAUUUUUAUUGAUGAAAUAGAUUCCCUCUGUGGAACUCGUGGAGAAGGAAAUGAAAGUGAAGCUUCCAGACGAAUUAAAACAGAAUUGCUGGUUCAGAUGCAGGGGGUGGGCCACACUGAUGAUAAAGUUCUUGUGCUUGCUGCCACAAAUACUCCUUAUUCUCUUGAUCAGGCUAUCAGGCGGCGAUUUGACAAGCGCAUUUACAUCCCUCUUCCAGAUGUGAAGGCUCGGCAGCACAUGUUUAAGGUGCAUUUAGGAGAUACUCCACAUAAUUUGACUGAAAGUGACUUUGAAGUCCUUGCUCGUAAAACCGAAGGCUUUUCGGGUUCCGAUAUUUCUGUUUGUGUGAAAGAUGUCUUAUUUGAGCCUGUACGAAAAACACAAGAUGCCAUGUUCUUCAUCAAGACUUCUAAUGGUAUGUGGAUGCCCUGUGGACCCAAGCAACCAGGUGCCAUCCAGACAACCAUGCAGGAACUUGCUGCAGAGGGACUCGCUGCAAAGAUCAUUCCACCUCCUAUAUCAAAAACAGACUUUGAUAAAGUGCUUGCAAGACAAAGACCAACAGUCAGCAAAGCUGAUCUUGAUGUGCAUGAGAGAUUUACAAAGGAAUUCGGAGAGGAAGGUUGAAGAGCUUCAAGUUCUUAGGCUGCUACGACUCAUGCAGUUGCUCUCGUUUGUAUAUUAUCUACUCAAACAUUAGCCUCUUCAAGCGGGAAGGUUGGAUGAUUUUAUGUUUUCCUCCAGGAUUUGGCAGGAAAAUGAGCUGACACUUCCCAAAUCGCAUGUACUUAUUGUUGUUUACAAAUAUUAAACUGCUGCAAGAAACAUUGUCAAUAUGGUGUUGCAUUGGAACUAUAUGAAGGCUUCGUUCCAUAACAAUUGUUUUGUCUUGUUUUUACAAAUGAAGGGCUCUUGAAACUGGUU